ACCGCAGUACAUGCAGAGUGUGUGUAAGUGAAGCGGUUCGCCGGCUCAUGCCAAAGAAAUGCACAUGCAGAUUUUUUAUUUUUUUUUAUUUUUUUUAGCUUUAUACGUUUUCAUUUGUUGUUUUAUGCCUGUUUAGAGGCCGGGUUUAAAAGUAACGGUUAACUUAUUGAGACUGGUUUGUUUGUUUUUAUUAACGAUUACGCUAUUUUAUGGCCACGUUGGUAUCCUUUUAAGGCCUUAUGGACGGGUCAUUUUAAAACUAUUUUAGCAGACUGGACAAAGCAUUGCCAUCUGAUUUAUUUAUUUUGGGUAACUUUUUUUAUUAGUUGGGACAGUAUGAUGGCUGUAGAGGGGUCUGUCUGAGGGUUUCCGGUUCUCUGGUCCUCCGUCAUGACCCUGGAGAGUGUGGCGAUCACGGAGAGCUCCUCUGCCCAGGGAUUCUGCUCCUGCUGCGGGGCAAAAAUUAUGCCGUACUUCUCCGACAACGCAGUCGCCUCUCAAAACCAGAUCAACCAGCUUAUCAGCGAGAACUUCCUAACCGUCAAAGGUGCCGCCCUCUUCCUCCCGCGGGGGAAUGGCUCCUCCCCUUCUUCAGCACCCCACAUCACACAGCGGCGGAACAAACACACAGGUGACCUUCAGCAGCAUUUGCAGACCAUGUUCACCCUGCUGCGCCAAGAGGAUGCUAUCCGCCUGGCUGUCCGGUUAGAGAGUCCUUAUGCCCUGCGUACACGGUACAUGGUCAUCGUCUCCACAAACGGUAGACAGGACACUGAAGAAAGUGUGGUUCUGGGAAUGGACUUUAGCAAUUCAGACAGCACUUGCACAGUUGGGCUGGUUUUACCCUUGUGGAGCGAUACGCUUAUACACUUGGAUGGAGACGGUGGCUUCAGUGUGUCCACCAUUAACCAAGUCCAUGUAUUCAAACCGGUCUCAGUGCAAGCCAUGUGGUCAGCCUUGCAGUCCCUGCAUAAGGUUUGCGAGGUGGCCCGUUGUCAUAACUACUACCCUGGCAGUCUAUUCCUGACCUGGGUCAGUUACUAUCAGAGCCGUGUGACUUCUGACCAGCACUGCAUCAAUGAGUGGAACGCCAUGCAAGAUGUGCAGUCCCACCGUGCAGACUCGCCCGUGCUGUUCACCGACGUGCCAACUGAGAGAGAGCGCACAGAGAGACUCAUUAAGACCCGUUUGAGAGAGAUCAUGAUGCAGAAGGACUUGGAGAACGUCACUUCAAAAGAGAUUCGGACGGAGCUGGAGAUACAGAUGGUUUGCAACCUGCGGGAGUUCAAGGAAUUCAUCGAUAAUGAGAUGAUUGUCAUCCUGGGCCAAAUGGAAAGCCCCACAGAGAUCUUUGACCACGUCUACCUGGGUUCAGAGUGGAAUGCCUCAAAUUUUGAGGAGCUCCAAAACAGUGGAGUUCGCUACAUCCUGAAUGUGACGCGGGAGAUUGAUAAUUUCUUCCCCGGGCUUUUCGAGUACCACAACAUCCGAGUGUAUGACGAGGAGGCCACAAACCUCUUGGAGUAUUGGAAUGACACCUACAAGUUCAUUUCCAAAGCCAAGAAAGCUGGGGUGAAGUGUCUGGUGCACUGUAAGAUGGGAGUGAGUCGUUCUGCCUCCACCGUGAUCGCAUAUGCUAUGAAGGAGUACGGCUGGGACCUGGAGAGAGCCUUUGACCAUGUGAAGGAACGGCGCUCUGUCACCAAACCAAACCCAUCCUUCAUGAAGCAGCUUGAAGAAUACCAGGGUAUCCUACUAGCCAGCAAACAGAGGCAUAACAAGCUGUGGCGUUCCCACUCAGACAGCGAUCUGUCGGAGGGUCACGAGCCGCUAUGCAAGGCACCACACUCGCUGGACCGCUCAGACCCUCACAACAACAACGGUCCUCCUACCAUUCAGCAGAUACUGGGCAUUGCUGUGCUUGAGUCCCUUACCAAUCCACAGCCUGCUACAGGCAACAGUCAUACCAAAUUGGAUGAGUUGCCCUCUAAGCUGGCACUUGAAGACCCCAUCCUCCCGCCUCGUCCCAGACAACGAGCGGCCACAGUGGUGCCUGAGCAGAAUAUGGCGAACAACUCUCGCUUGAACAUCGCAGUGAGCGAGCCUGUUGCUCGUCGCCAUCCUCCUCCCGUUCUACACAUCCUUGCUCCUUCUCUUUCACUAGAGAAGGGAGAGGGUGAUCCAACUUCAGACCUCAACGCCCAGUCAUCUCACCAUGUGCCUCAGCCAAAAACAGACUGUGUUGAGUUGUCCCCGAACACACCUGAUCAAAAUGACUCUUAUCAAGUGUCACAAAGUUUAGAACUAUGUCUGGAAAGUGCUGUCAGUAAAGAUGAAGGGAAUCUGCCGCCUUCAAGCAUGCCCGAGGCUGACAGCCCCUCAGGAGCCUCUGCGGUACCCGGGCUGGACUCCAGUGAUGAUAACAACAACCCCAGGACUGCAGAUCUGAGAACAGCAGAUGACUUUGUGGAUGCUGGCAUGUCCUGCCUUAGCACAGAUAGCAUUGACUUCUUUAGCGCCAGAGAGAAAUUCCUCUGCCUGUCCCAGGAUAGUCAGCCUCGCUCAUUUUCUGAAACGGCCGCUGUCUUGUCACCUCAAUCCAGAUGCACCCCACCCUUGGAUGAUUACAGUGAGGAAGCUGUUGAGUGCCACACCCAUUCAGAGACCAAUAGAGAUGCAGUGCCCCACCUCCCUCACAACGACAACAGUGUGUGUGUGCGUAAUAUAGUUACUGAACUGGAAUCCAUAUCACACACCUGCAGUCCGCCAAUGGCACGUAACUCCCCUCAAACUGCUACACUGGAGGAGGUGGAUGAGGAAACGGCUUCAGUUCCUCAUUCUCCCACCGACAGGCCCUCAGGAUCUGUGCGCCGGGCCACUGAGCAGUUGGAGCUUAUACUACGUCAGGGUCAAGAGGUUCCUUGCUCUUGGUCUCCUCUUCCUUCCCCAUGUUUGGACUGUUCAGAGCCACGAUCUUACUCCAGUAAGCCAGAGGGCACUGCAGCUCUGACCUGCAUUGAGUCCCAAAAGGCUACAGAUGGAACCGUAGAUGACACCAAAGUGCUUGAUGAUGAGGACUCUGGUAUAAUCCCUGAUCCUUCCUUCUCGGUCUAUCUUGAAGAGAGGAUUUCAAUGGAGGCCGACCAGAUCACUUUGAACCCCACUCUUGAGCACAGCUCUGGUUCUUCCUCUCUGUUGUGGCUAGAAGGUGUGACCGAGCUGGAGACUGACGUAGACGACCCAUUGAGGCCCCAUGUCCGACUGGCACAUAGCAAUGAAGACUUGCAGAAGAUCCAGGAGACUCUUCGAGAGCUCCAGGCAUUUUUAUACGAGGCUGGAGGAUUGGGGUUGUGCACUGGACAAGUUGAGGAGAACCAGUCACAUGAGGACAAGCAGGACUCGAUAGAUGGGGAGCAGCGCACGCAGCCCAAAGCACCUGCGAUGUGGCAGAGAGCCAUGGAAAUUGAGGCCCGCAUUAGACAGGCUGGUCUCACCCCUCCUUCGCUCAUGAAACGCUCUGCCUCACUUGCUAAACUGGACCAGCUAGAGCUGUCAACUAAUGACUUAAGCAACUGGGACUUCCACCCGGCUACCACAGGGUUUAAUCAACCCACCUCUUCCUCUUUAUCCACCUUUCACUCCUUGCCACUGACCAACAGCCAUGACGAUGCCCAUAAAAAGCAGCGUGUUCUACCUCAGAACCCUUCUGCCCCUGAUUCCGCCGUUCAUUUGAUGGAGGUGGGCAGGACUGAAGGCUCAGCCCACCUCUCAAGCUCAUGCCCACAGCAAACUCAAGUGGGUGGAGCCAGUCCCCCUGAACACACCCCAGUCCAGCCCACAGUUUCUGUGUCCACGCGACAACAACAACAACAACAUGUGAAGACUCACCCCGUUCGUCGUUUCCGCAAAGCGUUGGACAAGAAAAAGACAAUCACUGUUUUGUAUAACACCAUGUGACCAUGAACUUUCACAUGCUGAUUUUUGUCGGCAUGAAGGACAAUCUUCGACUACAACCAGUUCAAGUUUCAUUCAGUGAAGUCUAAGCUAAAUUUGUAUGCUACUGUAGGUGUGAAUGAGGGCAUGUGUGAGUGAGUGAAUAUAUGUCAGUUUUCAGGUAGCAAUUCAAACAAGGGGGCCGUUUCAUAAAACAUGCACUUUACUCUCGUUUUUCUUUUUUAUUGUUUUUUUAGAUUUUUUAUUUUAUUUGAAUAUUUUUGCACUGGCUUGAACGGUAGAGUUGACUGUAUGUCUGACAGCAUGUGGAGUCAUGAUUCUGUUUGAAACCAAGGUAAACUUGAUCAACUUUUUUUUUUAUCCUGUGCUUUAGCUGUGACUAUUAUAAAAUAAAA